AUGCCGUGCGCCCCGGCGUGUUCGCCUUCUUUUUGUCGACUGCAGCGGCGUGGUGUGGAGGGCGGGCGGGGGCCUCUUUUUUUAUGUGGCUGCGCUCGCCGUGGGGAUGUUUUGCGUUGCCCCAGCCGCGCUGGGAGGGGCUUGUCGAUUCCCCCGCGUGUUUGUUUGGGCGCCUGCAGCGGCGCCGGGGGGCAAAAUGCGGGGCCCCAAACGCUGCUGCUCUGCCGCGUGUUUCUGCGGAGUGAACUCGUGCGGCUCGGCGCACUGGCGGGUUGGCGGUUGGGCCGACUGCGGGGACCGUGGCGGCUGCGGCAGCCCGUGCCCGUGCCCUGCUGA